UUUCCUCGGAUUAUAGCAAGAUGAAGGGAAGGACCGUCAAUUUUGAGCUGCCAUUGUUUUUCGUCCUCUUUUUCUUUUUAAUCGUCAGGUCCAGCUAUGGAGCGAAAAAGUCAUAUGUAGUGUAUUUGGGAGCACAUUCCCACGUCCCCGAUUCCAUCAAUUCGGAUCUUGUUGCCGAUUCACAUCAUGAACUUUUGGGUACCUUUCUAGGAAGCAAGGAAGAGGCAAAGGAAUCGAUCUUCUACUCUUACACAAACCACAUCAAUGGCUUUGCUGCCAAUCUUGAGGAGGAACAGGCCUCUGACCUUGCAGAGCAUCCCAGCGUCGUGGCUGUAUUCCCCAACAAGGGCUACAAGCUCCACACCACCCACUCAUGGGACUUCUUGGGGCUCGAAGAUGGAGGCCAGCCUCUGCCGGACUCAAUUUGGGAGCAGACCAACUAUGGUGAUGACAUGAUUAUUGGGAAUAUCGAUACUGGAGUUUGGCCGGAAUCCCAGAGUUUCAACGACGAAGGCCUUGGGCCCAUCCCUACAAAAUGGAAGGGUCUCUGCCAAAACGAAACAGACACAAAUGGUAUUCGAUGCAACAGGAAGCUGAUCGGUGCGCGUUACCAUAACAAGGGCUACAUGGCGGCAGUAGGCGCGUCUGGCAGUCCGGCUGAUUACAUAUCACCUCGAGAUAGGCAUGGCCAUGGCACGCACACCUUAUCGACGGCAGGCGGCAGCCCUGUGCUGGACGCUAGCAUGUUCGGCUUGGCUAAGGGGACGGCCAAGGGUGGCGCACCCAAGGCUCGGGUGGCCGCCUACAAGGUGUGCUGGGAUCAGACCGCCAGUGGCUCAUGUUUCUUUGCUGAUGUGCUUGCUGCUUUCGACGCGGCGAUCGGCGACGGCGUCGAUGUAAUCUCGAUCUCCAUCGGCGGUGAAUUGGAAGAUUAUUUGAAAGACGCAAGCGCCAUCGGCUCGUUCCAUGCCAUUAGCCGAGGUAUCCCAGUUACCAUCUCGGCAGGCAAUGGCGGACCGGGCUUGGGCUCAGUGACUAAUGUGGCCCCAUGGCUGUUCACUGUCGCCGCGGCCACGUCCGGUAGAGACUUCCCAGCUUCUGUUUCUCUCGGCAAUGGCCAAACUCUUAAGGGACAAAGUCUUUCUUCAACUUCUCUGCUGAAGAACUUCUAUCCAUUACUUAGAGGAUCAGAUGCUGCUAUUUCAAAAGAAUAUGCCCAUCUUGCAGCUUAUUGCGGGGACUCUCUUCUUGAUCCCGAGAAGGCUAACGGCAAGAUUUUAGCCUGCCUUGGUGGGAAAAUAAAUCCAAUUAUUCAGGGCACUGGAGUGCAGCUAGCAGGAGCUGUUGGGAUGAUCCUGUGCAAUGAUCCGGAUGCGGGUUUUGAUGGCUCGCUUGAGUUAACAAUUCCUGCCACUUACAUUAGUACUGCUGACUGCAAGCAGCUCUUCGACUAUAUCAAUUCCACAGAGUCUCCCGUUGCAUAUAUAGAGCCUCCAUCCACUGAGCUGAGCAGAAAACCUUCUCCUGUCAUGGCUUCUUUCUCCGGUCAGGGGCCUAACCAACUCAAUCCAGACAUCCUCAAGCCGGACAUAACAGCACCAGGAGUGAACAUCCUUUCAGCCUUCACCGAAGCUGUGUCAGACAUAAUAUACAGUUUCGAAAAUCGCAUGGUGCAGUUCAAGAUUCUCUCAGGCACAUCAAUGGCAAGCCCACAUGUUGCUGGAGUUGUAGGCCUGCUUAGAAAAGCACACCCGAACUGGAGUCCUGCUGCAAUCAAGUCUGCAAUUAUGACUACAGCAACAGUGCUUGAUAACCUAAAUGAGCCAAUCAAGAAUGCAUCUAUGAAGGCAGCAACAUCAUUUAACUAUGGAGCAGGUCAUCUUAAUCCUAACAGGGCCAUGGACCCAGGGUUGGUUUAUGACACCACAGUUACAGAUUAUUUAAACUUCUUCUGUGCAAUUGGCUACAACCAGAGCUCCAUUUUUGCAAUCUCAGGACAAAAUUAUUCAUGUCCCUGCCAAGUGAUCAAGGUUUCUGACCUUAACUACCCAUCAAUUACUAUCACUAAUCUCACUGGGGUGGCCACGGUAUCUAGAACCCUAAAAAAUGUUGGGACACCAGGAACUUACAUUGUCAAUGUGCAAUCACCGCCUGGGAUUGCGAUCUCAGUGCAACCGGAGUGCUUGAAGUUUGAGGAAGUUGAUCAAGAGAAUGAAUUCACUGUGACUGUUGAAACCAACAGUGGCUCUCCUCAUGGUUAUGCAUUUGGAAGCUUGAGUUGGUCGGAUGGUGAACAUAAUGUAAGGAGUCCAAUUGUAAUAGAGAUUGUUUCAAGCUGAAUAAACCUAAUAUCGAGAAUCAUUUGUACAGGCGAUCCCUUUUGAACGUUUAGUAUCAUAUGGUGUUCCUGUUUCUGAAA